ACACACUGCAGCUGGAGCCUCCUCGGCCACAUCUGGGAGCCACAUGCUGGCGGCGGCCGCCCAAAGCCGUCAGCCCUGCCGGCGGAGAGGGACACUCCUUGCCAGGAGCCCAGGCAGCAUGGACCUCACUGUUCUGUGGCUGCUUCUGCCCCUGGUCACCGUGGCCUGGGGCCAGUAUGGCGACUACGGGUAUCCGUACCAGCAGUACCACGACUAUGGCGACGAUGGCUGGGUGAAUCUGAACCGGCAGGGCUUCAGUUACCAGUGUCCCCACGGGCAGGUGGUGGUGGCCGUGCGGAGCAUCUUCAGCAAGAAGGAAGGUUCAGACAGACAGUGGAACUACGCCUGCAUGCCCACGCCCCAGAGCCUCGGGGAGCCCACGGAGUGCUGGUGGGAGGAGAUCAACAGGGCUGGCAUGGAAUGGUACCAGACGUGCUCCAACAACGGACUGGUGGCCGGGUUCCAGAGCCGCUACUUCGAGUCGGUGCUGGAUCGCGAGUGGCAGUUCUUCUGCUGUCGCUACAGCAAGCGAUGUCCGUAUUCCUGCUGGCUGACAACAGAAUAUCCAGGGCACUAUGGUGAAGAAAUGGACAUGAUUUCCUACAACUACGACUACUACAUCCGGGGAGCAACGACCACUUUCUCUGCGGUGGAAAGGCGCUGCCUCCCCCCACCGCCCCACACGAUUGUGAUGACUGAACACCCUGGAGGGGCAAAGUUGCUACUACUGGGAAACCCCCGUCCUGGAGGGAAACCAGAGACCAGCCCAGUGAGUCUCCUGGGUAGGUUCUUGGUCCUCAGUCCUCAUACAAUCAAGUCUGAAUUUUGCUCAGCAUCAUUAAUAGCCUCUGAAAAGACAGCGUGAAGGCCUGGCUUAACU